UGAAGGUGAUACCCAGUUGGGAGGAAGGCUGAACUCCGCGCUGGGAGGGAUUCUCGGGGUGAAGGAGCCGGAGACCAAGGAUCGCCAUGCUCUUCGGUUGGGGGGACGGCUCCUACGGGCAGCUGGGCUCGGGCGAGGAAGGGGCUUCCCAGCCGGUUCCUCUCCGUCGGGCUCUGCCAGCGGUUGGCGGGCAAGAAGUGGUCCUGGUGGCCUGCGGGGAGCGGCACACGCUGCUCCUCUUGGCCGACGGGAGCCUGGCUUCCUGCGGAGACAACGCCCAGGGACAGCUGGGGAGGAAGCUCCCCGCGGGACGGCAGCGGAAGUUUAGACCCAGCCGCUUCUUUCCAGAACCAAUCCAAGCCUUGGAAGCCCAAACUAUCAUCUCCAUAAGCUGUGGAAAGGAGCAUUCAUUGGCCAUCAGCAGCCAAGGGAAGGUAUUUUCAUGGGGAGCUGGUGGUUUUGGACAGCUUGGCACUGGAAACCUAAAGGAUUCUUCAACUCCAAAGAAAAUAGAUUCUUUAUCUAUGUACAAUGUUAUACAAGUUGCUUGUGGACAUUAUCACUCCAUAGCACUUACCAAAGAUGGCCGGCUUUUUUCCUGGGGACAGAACAGCCAUGGUCAGCUGGGUCUUGGUAAAGAAGUUUCAUCCCAGGCUACUCCGUGUAACAUUUCCUCUCUUGCUGGCAUCCCCUUGGCUCAGGUGGCUGCUGGUGGGUCACACAGCUUUGUCUUGUCUCAUUCUGGAGUAGUCUAUGGCUGGGGAAGGAACAAUGUGCAUCAGUUGGGCUUAAGCCAGAAAACUUCAAAAGCAGAACAGAUCUUCAAACCUUACUCAAUAGGUGCCCUGAGAAACCUUGAAGUGACUUAUAUUAGCUGCGGAGAUGAACAUACAGCUGUUCUCACCAAGAGUGGCAGUGUUUUUACCUUUGGAGAUGAUAGUGCUGGACAACUAGGACACAACUCUUCAAAGACUGGUCCUCAGAAAAUCGAUGAGAUUGAUGAUCCAGUUUCCCACAUUUCCUGUGGAAGUUAUCACACUCUUUGUGUCUCUGAGUCCGGGCAGUUGUGGUCUUUUGGACGUGGUCUCCUACAGCAGGCGGAAAGUUCGGCAUUGGAGAGCAGACAGGAAGAAAGAAAGUGUAUUGACCUCAAUGCUCUUCUGGCCCCUAAUGAAUUGUUGGGAGUCAAAGUUUUUGCUGGAGCAUUUGUCAACUUUGUCAAUAUAUUUCAGGCUUCUGCGUGCGCUAAUGCAGCCACCUCUUUGGAAGUCUUGCCUAGGAUCAGCCAGCUGGACAGAGGACUGAUUGAGAAAUGGAAGUCAGCAGAAAUAGGAAGUGAAGCACAGCAGAAUGCUAAAAGGGAGAUAGAAGAAAUUUUUUCCUCGCCUCCUUGCUUAACAGCAAGCUUUUUACAAACAAGAUCUGAUGUGUCAAUGGACUGUUAUAUCCCAGUGAAUCUGCAAGAAACAAGAGAAGUUUUGAACGAACUUACAGAGAAAGAUUGGAUUGCUGAGCAGAUCUGUUCUUCUCUAUUGAACCACCUAUUUCCUGCUCUUCCACGGAGUUCUCGUCACCAAGAAGCUCUUGCUAUUUUUCUUCUGGUGCCUGAGUGCUGUGUUGCUCUUGGAGCACACAGGAUACCGUCGCUAGCUUUACAGUUUGCUGAAGCUGUCACAGGCCUGAGCAAGAGCUCUUCCAACAUUCUAGAAAAUUAUUGGUCCUUGCUGCCACGUCCAUUUUUAGAGCAAAUAGUUCAAAUGUUGAAGACAUAUGUGUCAUCCAUGUUGCCUUGUUAUAACCUUUAUCCCAAAGAGAAGCCAUGGAUUGAUACCCUCAAAGUGCUUAAAAUGCUGUAUAAGGUCAACAUGAAGGCUAAAUCCCGACUGCAAACAAGUACCUUCUGCAUAGAUGAAAUUACUCAAAAAAUUAACCUACAAGAAGAUUUUUGGAGAUGGAAGUUGUGUGAUAAUAUCCCAGAAGAAGAGAGGUUAAUCUCUUUCUGCCGUUUUCCUUUCAUCUACAAUGUACCAACCAAGAGGGAAAUACUUUAUUACGGGUCCUUUGUUGUACAAGAGGAUUUAAAAUGCAAAGCUUCUCUUGAAUGGCUCGUCAAUUGGGGACUGAGAAAUAGUGACCUUCCAGAACGCCCCACCUUUACUCUGAAAGUACGACGCCACUUUCUCCUUGAAGACACCUGGCACAAGCUUAGUAUAUUGGAGGACACCUACCUGAAAAAGCAACUGCUGGUUCAAUUUGAAAAUGAAAUGUCUAGUUAUGGAGGUACAGGUUACCUGGUGGAAUUCUUUUCAGAGGUGUUUGAGAAAGUGGUACAGCCAGAAUAUGGGAUGUUUAUGUAUCCUAAACCCACUUCCCCAAUGUGGUUCCCUCCCAAGCCUUCUGUGGAGAAGAAUAAAUAUUUCCUUUUUGGUAUUCUCUGUGGACUCUCAAUAGCCAACCAAAUCACUGCCUACUUACCCUUCCCACUUGCCGUCUUUAAAAAGCUGCUUAACAAAAAGCCAACUCUCAGUGAUGUGAAAGAGCUAAGCCCUGUCCUAGGAAGAAGUUUGCAGACAGUUCUUGAGUGUGAACUAGAUGAUCUUGAAGAUAGGUUUCAGCUAUGCUACUCUAUUUCCUGGGACAGCAUGGAUGUAGACUUGAUUGAAAAUGGCAUUUCGACAGCUGUAAACAAUGCCAAUAAGAAAGACUUUGUUGACAAAUACGUGGAUUACAUAUUCAACAAAUCAGUGGAUGAUGUUUUCAGUGAGUUCAGGAGAGGAUUUUACAAAGUCCUGGAUGAACAGCUAGUUGGCAUCUUUGAGCCUGAACAACUGAUGGAAGUGGCAAUUGGAAAUGCCAAUUAUGAUUGGGAUAUGUACGAACGGAAUGCUGAGUAUCGGGACAUAUACAGCUCAACGCACCCAACCAUAAAGAUGUUCUGGGAAGUCUUUCAUGAGCUGAGUUUGGAGGAUAAAAAACGUUUUCUGGUGUUUGUGGUAGGAAAUGACAGGAUCCCUGUGAAAGGAAUGAAAUUUUGGAAGAUAACAAUUUCUCCAUGUGUCUUGACCUCAGAGGAUCAUAUGCCUGAGGCCCGGACAUGUUGGCAUCAUUUAUUGCUGCCAAUUUACUCAACCAAACAAAAACUGGAAGAGAAGCUUCUUCAAGCUAUCAGCAGCAAUCGUGGCUUUGGUAGAUUUGCGCCCAGAGUCUAAAACAGAACUUGAAGACGUCACCUUGGAAGCUGUAGCCUUCUUUUGACCUCAGAUGGGAGAAGAGAUUGUCACAAGGCAUUUUAGUUAGAUGACUGCUGAGUGAUUUUCUUGGUUUAUUUAGAAAUAAAGUGAUCGUGUACAGCCUAAAUAUAUAGUAUGUUGAAAAUACGCUGUUUUGUCUGCCGUGUAAUUAGAUUGAAUUAAGAUGAGGGGCGGGGAGAUGAGAGAAUGAAAGAAUGAAUCUGGUUAUUUCUGAAAAUACUCCUAGAAUAGAUUAUCUUAUUCCUGAAUCUUAAAAGAGUUUUUAAAGAGUAUUUUAGAAUAUUUUUAACUACCUCAGUGGCCAAGAAUUGGUUCAAACCUGACCACAGGUAUCUUCUGACAUCUUGGUUACUGACGGAUAUUGAAGUGAAAAGUUAAAAUUUUAUUAAAAACACCCAUUUGCCAUUUUGUCAUUCGGAUUGUAAGAAACAAUUGUAGACAAAUUGUUGCUGAAUUUUUCUAUUCCUGUUAAUAUGGUGGAAUCUGGGAGUGAGUUGAGGGGAGGAGUGAAAAAAAACCUGUCUAAUCUUGAGUUGGUGGUGAGAAGGAAGCAGCUGAGAAGAGAUCUCCCCAAAAAGUUCAGUGUUUAUAUGGUAAAUAGUGCAUUUAUCUGAUGAGAUACCUGUCUAUAGGCAAGUAGCAAUAAACAUACUUUAUGUGCAGCCAGAACCUGAAAAUAACAUUUAACACAGCACAGUACUUAAAAUGGUUCGGCUGAGAUCUGCAUACGUGGGACUGAUUGGGGUAGAUUGUAAGGGUGACACCGAAAUACAAUUUUAUGUCAUUUUAUUCUAUUUUAUAUAUUUUAUGUAUUAAAUUAUAUUGUAUCUUACCCUAUAACUAUUGUAUUUUACCCAAUUUCAUUUUAAAUUGUAUUUUAUUUUAUUCCAAUUUCAUUUUAAAUUAUAUUUUAUCCAAUUCCAUUUUAAAUUGUAUUUUAUCCAAUUCCAUUUUAAAUUCUUUUUAUCAGAUUUAGUAAUAAUUUGUGUCUGGAACUCUGCAUUUUGAUAUGACCUAAGGGCUAAUCAAUAAAGUAAACUAAACAUAUCAUUCUGAUCA